AGUUUUCGGAACGGGAAGCACAAAAUCUUGCUUACAAGGAGUAAACGUUAUUCGGGUGUUUUGGCAGAACCUUUUAAUCGAGAAGAGGAUUGGCGAACAUUUUUCCACGCUAGGGCUUUAGUUUCGCACCCAAAAACCUUGAAUCAAAACCAGCAACAAUGUCGAUCGGAAGAUUAGCGAGAACUCGAGUUCUUGAAUCUUCACCGAAAUCGAUUGCUCUUGCAACUACCAGUGCUUCUCGUCAAUUCUUCACAAAUUCUUCGUUAUUUGGAUCGCUAAAUUCCACCAUUACUAGUUCUUCUUCAUCUCCGGUUCUCAAUCAACCUACCUUUUCACAAAUUAAUGCAAGUAGAGGAAUCUCCAGUGUUUCGUCUCCGUUUUCGGUUCUGAAUCAGUCUUCUUCCGUCUCCUCUAAUCAACCCUCACCUCAAUUUACUCAAUCGCGCAAUUUCUCUAGUGGUCGUCACUUCGAUCCUUAUGAGAGGUAUAUGAGAAGGACAGCUAUCAAUUGGGGUGUAAGAUUUGUGCCUCAACAAGAAGCAUAUGUCAUUGAACGUUUUGGAAAGUUCAGUACGGUUCUUGAAGCAGGGUUGCAUGUGCUUAUACCUCUUGUGGAUCGAAUAGCAUACAUACACUCACUGAAAGAACAGACCAUCGAAAUUCCAGAGCAGCCUGCUGUUACAACCGACAAUGUUAGCAUUAGGGUGAAUGGUGUCCUCUUUGUCAAGGUUAUUGAUGCAGAAAAGGCGUCAUAUGGCAAUGAUAAUGUCCUUUAUGCAGUAACUCAGUUAGCACAAACUGUGAUGCGUAGUGCUAUUGGAAAAAUGCCACUUGACAAAACCUUUAUGGAGAGAGACACUUUAAAUGCAAACAUUGUGGAAGCUAUCAAUGAUGUUGCUUCACAAUGGGGUCUUGUCUGUCGUCGUUAUGAGAUAAGGGAUAUUAUUCCGCCUCCUGGGAUAAGAGAAAGCAUGGAAAAGCAAGCUGAAGCCGAGAGGUUGAAAAGAGCCUUAGUCAUUGAGGCAGAAGGAAGGAAAGAAGCUGUCAUAUUAACUUCAGAUGCUGCAAAGAUGGACUCAAUUAACCGGGCAACAGGUGAAGCUGAAGCCAUCCGUAUUAUUUCUAAUGCUCUUCAAGGAAACGAGGGUCAAGCGGCUGCAAGCCUUAAGUUGGCUCGAGACUAUGUGCAAGCUUUUAACAACAUGGCUAAGGAGUCUACGACCAUAGUACUUCCUGCAUCACUCAAUGAUGUUUCUAGCACGAUGGCAAUGGGCCUUUCUCUCUACAAGAACAUGAUCGCGGGUACUCCGGGAAAGAAGACACCUUAUGCGCCUUACAAUCCAGCAUCAUCAGGCGCUCAUAAUGAAGCUAAAGAUGAUAAUGAUGUUUCUUCCGAGGAAGGAAAACCUGUCUUUUCACUCCAAAGCACGAAGAAAACUGAAUAAAGAGGAUCACAAGACAUAUGAAGAAUACUUGUUUACAGUUUGUUAAAUAGAGAGGAGAACUAGGAUAUUUUUGCUGAGAUGCAAUUGUCUCAUUCAUUUAGCAUUAAGGUACAUUAUCAAAUUUUGCUUAACAGUUUUGUUUAGUUUGAUAUGUUUCGGUUAACAGUGAA